AUGGCGACAGGUGUAGAUGCGCGACUCUUGAAGUCGACCAAGUUCCCUGUCGAAUUUAGCCAAAAGGUUGACAUGCAGAAGGUCAAUCUUCAGGUCAUGAAGAAAUGGAUCGCUAGCAAGAUAUCCGAUAUUCUAGGAAACGAAGACGAUGUGGUCAUCGAGCUCGUGUUCAAUCUCAUCGAGGGCCCGCGAUUCCCGGACAUCAAAUCACUUCAAAUCCAACUCACCGGUUUUCUCGAUAAGGAUACGGCGAAAUUCUGCAAAGACUUGUGGAAACUAUUGUUGAGUGCUCAGAGUAGCCCUCAGGGUGUCCCCAAAGAACUACUUGAAGCCAAGAAGCUUGAGCUUAUGCAAGAAAAGAUUGAAGCAGAUCGUGCCGCAGAAACUGCUAAGCAAAGACGAGAUGAUUGGGAUCGCCGCGAUCGUGAAGUCAACGACAUGAAGGACCGUGACCGCCGAGACCGAGCAGCUACUCGUGGCGAUACCUGGCAGGGACGGCGAGGCGACCGCGAUUUCGACAGCCGGGGUCGAGGAGGGGGUUCUAGAAGGGGUGGCCGUAGAUCUCGAUCACCAGCCCCACGCUUUAGAGACUCCAGAGAUUCAUACGGGCGUGAUAGUUACGUUCCCCGAGGCAGACGUGGUGGUGGCCGGGCUGACCAUGGCCGACGAAAAUCCCCUGCGCGAUCGCGAUCAGCACCAGCAUCAUCUCGAUCAAGCUCCCGCAGUCGCAGCGCAUCGCGCGACUCUGAUAAAUCAAACCGGCGAUCCAAGGCGACAUCUCCAGGAGGGAGGGGAGAUAGACGAAAGAGGUCACGAUCACCCAAAGGAGACUCGUACCGAGGCCGUGCCAACAGGCGUCAGGACAGAGGUCGCCGGAGCCGACCGUCGCGAUCCAUAUCAUCAGACCGGGACUCUCCUGUAGCAAAACGCCGACGAUACUCCUCAUCCAGAAGUCGCUCGGUAUCUCGUCGCAGAAGAUCGUCGAGAAGCGUCUCUUCGCGAUCUGACUCUCGCAGCAGGAGUCGAAGUCGCAGUUACAGUCGCAGCCGCAGUCCCUUAAACAGUGCAUCCCCAGACCGCAAGGUCAAGCGAGGUCCAAAACAUGGAAGGGGCGGACAGCGGUCUUCGAGGAGAAGAGAGUCGCCCGAAGGCCGUCAACGAAAUAGUUCUUCGGCUUCUUCACGAUCCAGGAUUCGAGACAAGUCAGCUGAUGUUUCUGAAGAUGAAUCUCGUGCCCCGCCGACCAAGCCCGAGGCAGAGGCGGCUACCGAAUGA